AAGAAUGUUCUAUAAUUUCCCCAACCACACCCAUCCUAAGUAAUACAGGCCUUCCAGCACAAUUAGUAUCAAAACUUGAAAUAUUGGAACUUUUCUCAACUUCACCAUUCACAAAUGCACCAUCACUUUGCGGCCCAAAUUUUCUAGCACUAUCAACCAAGUUAAAAUCUUUCUCAGCAAACAACUUCUGGGUUUCUCCAUAAACACCACAAUUUGGAUCAGAAUCUGAAUGAACCAAAAUUUCCCCAACCUCACCAUUCACCAUUGCACAAUCAUCAUCAUCAUCAUCACAAACACCAUUUUCCAAACCACACUUUCCACCACUAGAAUCAACCAAGUUACAAUCUUUCUUCACAAGAUUAACAAGCAAAUAAGGUUAAUUGACAAAAGAUACCAAGUUUGUUGAGAGAGAAAGAACAGAGACCAGAGACACAGCUCCGAGACGGUGACGACGGUGACGACGCAAACCACGGGCGCGCAAACGGCAGCAAAGUCACAAACCUUGGGGAGCAACUGGCGCCACGAAGUGAACCGAUGGAGAAUAGGAGAUGCACCGUCGUUGUUCGGACCCUUGGAGGUGCUACUGGCGGUGGGUAAGAUUAGACGAUUCCUUCACAGGAAAGGAGAGGAGAAAGGGUAGAGGAGAGGAUAAAGGUUUGCAGAAGAAUCCUGACCAUGCAAACACAAAAAAUUGAUUGCUUUAAAGUAGAAGGUUUGGGAAGACCUGUCCCUUUUCAGUUGUAUGUGAAUCCUGGAGAGGAUGUGAAAGCGAAGCUAUCAUUUCAGCUUCUGGACAUAUAUCAACAGCAGAAUUCAGCAACCUGAACUCAAAUAAUUCUGAUACAUAUGAUGGACACUUUGAGAUUCUCUCCUUGACCGGAAACUGUGUGGGUCAAGAAGAUGGUGCAUCUUGGUGGCUGAACGUCAUGCUAGCUGGGCCUAAUAGGAUGGCGUUUGGUAGCAUCUUCAUCGACAGAUUGAUAGCUGCUGACACCGUAAUUCUUCUUACGAUGAGUUUAAAGAAAGAAAAUGAAGAGAACACCGAUGAAGCUGAAAUUUCUGAGGAAAAGAGCACCAAGAAAAAUGAUGAAGCUGAAACUUAUGAGGAAAAGAGCGCCAAGGAAAAGAAGAAGAAAAAGAAGAAGAAUAAGAAGAAAAAGAAGAUGGCCACCUCUACAACUGGUGGUCUCUUUGAUUUUUUUUGGACCUGGUGGUCAAAGGGAAAAUAGUUCCAAUGCCCUCUGUUAAUUUUCUCAAAUGUUUUCCAUUUAUGAUUUGAACUAUGCUUAUUACAUUGAUAAUUCAGUUUUUCUUUUCUUUUUUUGUGUACGUUGAUUGUUUAUACUCUAUCCAAUUUUGAAUUGUGCUUCGGAACAGAACAUUGAUCAUUGUAUGUAAAGAUUGUGCUUUGACCUC